CAGUUAUUCCAGUUAGCGUUGGAUUUGCGUUCAAUCAGUUCGUUGGCAUACACAUUUGUUCCUAUAGCUUUGCGGUUUACAAUAGCAACAUUAAUUGAUAGCAAUGGCAACUUACGAAGAAGUUAAAGAAAUUGCAAAUUAUCCUGAAAAAUAUCUUAUCGAUGUUAGAAACAAGGAUGAAUUAGCUAAAACUGGGGUGAUUCCAGCAAGUAUUAAUAUACCAAUGUCUGAAUUAGAGGCAGCAUUUAAGAUGUCUGAAAAUGAUUUUAAAACAGCAUUCAAUCGUGACAAACCAACCGAAGAGACAGUGUUAAUCUUCUCAUGUCAAGCAGGUGGCCGGGCACAACGUGCCACUGACUUAGCACAAUCUCAUGGUUUCAAAAACGCUAAAGCUUAUGCUGGUUCAUGGACUGAAUGGGCGGAAAAAGAGAACCUAUCUUAAAAUUGUAUAAUAUAUUUAUAUAUAUUAUAUUGACUAAUAU